AUGGCAACUUCUCGACCAUACUACUCCUUCGGCAUUGCCUCCCAAGUCCUCAAAAAAUCUGGUGGUGUUAGAUUCACAGACACCCAGCACCGAAAGUCCAAGGAGGAGAGAGAGACGCAGAGACAGAGAGCGAGACAAAGGGAGGAGGAGAUGCUGGACAAUUCAACGACAUCUGCUGCUGCUGCUGAACCAGUUCUCAAGCGCUAUGCACCUCCCAAUCAAAGAACUCGGUCUCUCAAUAGGCGCAAAUCAGCAGAGAAGAAUCAGUCUGUCACUUUAAGAAAUAUUCCUGCUGCAGAACAUGGUGAGACGGGGAGCAGCAGCCUCUUGAACGAGAACACUCAUCCAGUGCUAAUAGCUUUAGAAGGGUGUUCCCACAGUGCAGCUUCUCAUUUUUUGAAUGAACGUUGGGUGGCUGCAAUGAAUUUCUAUAAUAAUACGACAAUAGAUUUAUCUGAGAGGCCAGUUAUGUACUCUGGAAGUAGCGCAUCAGCAUGGGGGCAUUUCAGACUUCCUCACCAGCUCAUGUCUCAAGCAAAUAGUGCUGGAGAUUCUUCUGGGUUGCGGAUGGACUUCUUGACUGAACUUCGCCAUGCCAUGGCCAAAGCUAAUACUGGUUCUGACUAUUAACAUUCCCAUGAACUUUACAAAAUCAACUUAUGUUUGCCUCAUGGUUAAAGUACCUUUUGAACUCUUGUGCUUUGUUUCAAUGCCAGAUGUAAUUUAUUUUGUAUAACCAUGGUCCAAAGGCAAAACCAUGGUCCAAAGGCAACAAUGUACUUUAACUUAAUCGGGCUUGUGCUUUUCAGAUGGACCCUAUGUAGCUAUUUUAUGGAUUUGCAUUUUUCAACAAUUUUCAUGGAAUCUAAAAUACUACGAGACCUUUUGUGUUUUGA